GUAUAUGAGGAGUUAUCUGAGGAAAUGAUGUAUAUGAGGAGUUAUCUGAGGACAUGAUGUAUAUGAGGAUUGAGGACAUGAUGUAUAUGAGGAUUGAGGACAUGAUGUAUAUGUGGAGUUAUCUGAGGACAUGAUGUAUAUGAGGAUUGAGGACAUGAUGUAUAUGAGGAGUGAGGACAUGAUGUAUAUGAGGAGUUAUCUGAGGAAAUGAUGUAUAUGAGGAGUUAUCUGAGGACAUGAUGUAUAUGAGGAGUGAGGACAUGAUGUAUAUGAGGACAUGUACAUGUAUCUAACCUCUCUGGUGUGAAGCUGUUCAUGUCAUCAGUGAUAUGAAGUGUUCGUCCCACCAGGUGUAACUGACGGUUGAGUUCAGAAGCAGGUGGAGAAACUGAGAAGCUUCACUCUGAAGAUCUUCACGUAGGAAUCAAUAUUUAAACCGUGACUGAGUUUCAGGGUCAAACUACAGGUUAGUGGGGACAUCUGCUGGUUGACAAGUGUCACUGCAGAUGUCUCACCUGAGGAGGACAGCAGCAGAACAGCUACGUUACCACAUCUGUUAACAUGUUGGUCCUUGAGUUCAGUUGUACCAUAAAAAGUACCACGUUAUUAUUAUUAUUGUUAUUAUUGUUAUUAUUACUUUUAUUGUCAUUUUUAUUAUUAUAUGUAUUGUUAUUAUUAUUAUUAUUUCCCUAUCUAUUAUUAUAAUUACCAUUCUACGGUAAAGAGAAGAACACUUCAAACAGUUUAGAUCAGACAAACAUGUGAAAACAUCACCGGGAUUAUUUUAUCUUCAGUUUCUUUCACACUGAACCUGUAGAUGUUUCCGAUGGUUCUUCAUCAUGAUUAGGACUUUUAUUUUGAAACAAAGUCCUGGACGUGCGAUGGCGUCACUCUGUGUUACUUAACGUUUGGUUCUGGGUAUAAACAGAGUGGCUGAAGUUAAGUUUCGUCACUGAGUCUGGAUCUCCUCUGGAUCUCCUCUGUGAAUCUCCUCUGGAUCUCCUCUGGAUCUCCUCUGUGGAUCUCAGGCGAGAUGACGACCUCCCACCCCGGCUCUGCGGCCCUUGACGGGAUGUACUCGCAUCUGAUCGAGGCCGAGGACGAGCAGCACCGCAGGACAGAUGUGGAAGUCUCCCAGGUCAGAUUCCCCCCCCGGAUGAGCGGCCCCGGGCCCUACCGCCUCGCCACCAUCUGCCUGGCCACGCUCUGCGCCAUCCUGCUGAUCUCCAUCAUAGCCGUGGCUGCACAGGGUAAAAACCGACCUCAGGGAGGUGGAGUCUCCUCAGAGCCACAGAAGCAGACGCAGGAUGUGAACGUGACGGCUCUGACCGGCAACAUCAGCGCUCUGAUGCUGGAGAAGAAGCAGAUGCGGGUGCAGAUUGACGAGCUACUGGUCAAACUGGCCACCAUCAUGGCCACUAAGGCUCCUGAGGUGAUCAAACCGACCGAGGCCGCCAUCGUCUGCCCCGUGGAGUGGCUUCUCUUCAACAGCAGCUGCUACCUCAUCUCCAGACUGUCCAGGAGCUGGCCUGAGAGCCAGUCGUACUGCGAGAGCCGAGGGGCUCACCUGGCCAUCAUCCACUCGGCCGAGGAGCAGACGUUCCUGUGGGAUCUCCUUCCCAGAGGCCACUGGAACGCCUUCUGGUUCGGGAUCACUGAUGAGCAGACGGAGGAUCAGUGGAAAUGGGUGGACGGAUCUCCACUGGUCGGAGGUUUCUGGGAAGUGGGCGAACCCAACAACCACAUCAACGAGGACUGUGGCUACAUGAUCAAAACGCGGGUGCUGUCGCGAGUGGCCGUGAGGAGCUGGUACGACGCCCCCUGCAGCAUGCCCCUGCCCUACAUCUGUGAGAAGGAGAUGGGCGCCGGGGGCAGCACGGCCAUCCCACACUGAGCCGCCGAGGGAACCAGGCGCUGGCUCCUGAGGGUUUCACAAACGCCUGCAGCUACAGAUAUCUUACUUUCUUAAGUUUCUUUCAAAACCUCAACUUUUAAUUCACGUUAGUUUGAUAUGAAGACAUUCCGAUGUUGAUCUUUCCUGAAACAAUGGACUCAUUAAAAGUUUGGCUGCUGUUUAACUUAGUGUCAGAGAACGGGACUAAAGAGGAAAUGUGAAGCAGUAGAAAACUGUAUUUAGUCUUAAAUGUCGGUAAAGUAAGUAAAGUAAUCAAAUUAUUUUACUAGUUUGUGAAAUAAAGGACGUUAUUUUCCACUUCUGAUAUGUACGUAGGAAAAAGCAGGAACUGUGCCUAAUAUCAUCACCACAUCAAUAUUGAUUUACAAUUAAUUAAGUGUGAAUAUUAACCUAUUAUAAGAAAAUAAUUCUAACCGAAUCCUUGUUUCUUUUUUACUUGACUUUCAUCAUUUCACUUUGGCAUUUAACACCAUUCUUAUGAAUAAAUCAUAAAUUUGAAUAAUUACCACUUUCCUUAGAAUCUCUUAUUUGUUUAAAAUCAAUAUAAGUAAAUGAAUGAAAGAAAGAAUAUCAUUCAGAUUUGAAUGGUUAGUCUCCACCUGGUGGUCACAUGGUUUACUAAUUACUUGUAAUUGUACAUAUAUAAUAUAUGUUUUAUAUAACAUGUCUUAUUUUUACACGCUUGUAUCUGAGAAUUUCUAAAUCCGGGAUUCAAGAUAACUUUUUUAUGUUUUGAUGUUUUUCUAACAUGCUUGUGUUUAAUGGUUUAAGGCUUAAUGUCAAAAUCAAUUUGUUUUCUCAUGUUUAUUUGUUAGUUUUAUAAAAACAUGUUCACUAACUGUAAAUGUAAUCGUCGAAUAAAAUCUGAAAUACUGAAAAGUAAAUCAAUACUGAAAGAUAAA